UGCAAUUCUAGUGCAAUUUAAAAAAAAUUGAAUUUGAAUUUGUAUUACAAACUGUGGCCAAGUAAAUCUACAAAUUGAAUUGCAAUUUCAAUUCAUAGCACGACAAGCACUUGACUUGCAUCUACUCGGCAUGGUUCAGAACUAAAGCUUGAACGCAAUCAUGUUGCAUUGGAGGCUCUUUGAUAGCUCGCUUUAUUACACGCUGGCCUCCAUGUCAUCUGGCAUGUUGCCUGCUGCCGAGUCAGCCAAUGCCAGCCAGCUGGGCGUGAAUCACACUGCUGCGCCAAUGGAUGCUGCACUUAAUCUGACAUAUUUUACACCUGCAAUCUCACACGUGAUACUUGCGACGACGCCAACGACCGCCAGUGCCAGUGCCAUGCAAACGACAGCAGCAGCAGCAACAACGUCGCCAGGCAGUGACUUUGAAACAGCAACAACGACUGGCAGCAAUUUAACUUCACCGCAUGAGGACGACUUGGACAAUUUAAAUUCAUUCUACUUCUAUGAGACGGAACAAUUUGCGGUUCUAUGGAUACUCUUUACCAUCAUUGUUGUGGGCAACUCGGCGGUGCUGUUCGUCAUGUUCAUCAACAAGAAUCGAAAGUCGCGCAUGAACUAUUUUAUUAAACAAUUAGCGCUGGCAGACCUGUGCGUGGGACUGCUCAAUGUGCUAACGGAUAUUAUAUGGCGCAUUACCAUCUCUUGGCGCGCCGGCAAUCUGGCUUGCAAGGUUAUCCGCUUCUCACAGGUGUGUGUGACAUACUCCUCCACCUAUGUUCUGGUGGCAAUGAGCAUCGACAGAUACGAUGCAAUCACACAUCCCAUGAACUUCUCAAAGUCAUGGAAGCGCGCUCGUCAUUUGGUCGCUGGUGCUUGGGUGCUCUCGGCGCUGUUUUCUUUGCCCAUUCUGGUGCUAUACGAAGAGAAGAUUGUACAGGGCCAUCCCCAGUGCUGGAUUGAGUUGGGCUCGCCGAUGGCCUGGCAGGUGUACAUGAGUUUGGUCUCGGCCACGCUGUUUGCAGUGCCCGCAUUGAUAAUUUCCGCCUGUUAUGCGAUAAUUGUGAAAACCAUUUGGGCCAAGGGCUCCAUAUUUGUACCCACAGAACGUCCAGGUUUCGGUGCAGCAGCUACGCGUCGCGCCAGCUCCCGCGGCAUCAUACCACGCGCCAAGGUAAAGACCGUGAAAAUGACGCUGACAAUUGUGUUUGUGUUUAUCAUUUGCUGGUCGCCGUACAUAAUCUUCGAUCUGCUGCAAGUGUUUGGCCAGAUACCACACUCGCAGACGAACAUAGCCAUAGCGACAUUUAUACAAAGCCUGGCACCACUCAACUCAGCCGCCAAUCCGCUCAUCUACUGUCUGUUCUCCUCGCAGGUGUUUCGCACACUCAGUCGCUUUCCGCCCUUUAAGUGGCUCACCUGUUGCUGCAAAUCGUAUCGCAACAACUCACAGCAGAACCGCUGCCAUACAGUGGGUCGACGGCUGCACAAUAGCUGCGACUCCAUGCGCACUCUGACCACCUCGCUGACAGUCUCGCGUCGCUCCACCAACAAGGCCAAUGCGCGUGUUGUUAUCUGCGAGCGACCCAACAAAGUUAUUGCGGUUACCAGCAUGUCGGAGGUAUGAUAGCUGGCGCACACGACCCGCAAACGUUCGACGUUUGCGGCUCACGGCCCAACCUCAUUCAGCGAUGCGGAGUUUCUGUAAGCUGCGCGCCAUAGAGGCUUUGACAAUAAGCGCGUUAGUCGCCGCUAAAGCCAAAACAAAUUGUAUAUACUAUACUUAUAACGAAUUUCGAAUCUACGAAUAUCUAUGUUUGUAUGUGUAGCCUAAGUAUUUAUGCACGUGACUUGGGUUAGUGUUAAUUUUAAAUCUCUUGCUGUUUCAAGAAAUCAAAACUCAUUCCUAAGCAAGUUGAACUUAAGUUAGCUUAAAGUAUCUAUUUAAUCGACUGAUGUUAUUUAUUUAUGCAUUUAUUUUAAGUCCAACCAACUAAGUAUUUCUAUUCACAUACUACUUCUAUAUACUCAUACUGUCUAACUGUACAUAUAUCUACAAUAUAUAUGUAUAAGUUUGUCCAACCAAAAUGUAGCGACACUUUAAGUAGCUUCUAAGAAUUAAUAGAGCAUAAUGUUUUAGUCAAUUUGAUCUAAGCUAAUAUUUAUUUCAUAAUUAUGUGUCCAAGGCAAAGAAUAAAGGUCAA